GUUUCCCAUACGUUCAAAUCUAAUUUAUGGGAUUCAUUUUAUUGUGGUGAAAUAAUUUGUGCUAGUAUUAUUGUGAUUUAAAAGAACAUUAACACUAAAUUACAAUGAUUAAAUAACGGAUUCUGCUCUUAUAACAGGAGAAGAGAGCUUUUCAAGAUGUCCUUAAAAAAUCAAAUGGCAGAAGUGCAAUGCAUGGAGCCUGAAAACUAUAGAAAGUUUUUCCGUUUCCUUUGUUGGAGUGGAAAUAGGAUAUCAGAUAAAACAUCAAACAGAAGAGUGUCAAAGAAGGAUAAAACCAGAACUAUUAAACUUCUCAAUACAUUUGGUACAUCAUGUUUUGCACCAGCAUUACUUAGUAACCCCUCCCAGUUUGCAGUAUAUGCUACUGUACGUAAAUCAAUUAUUUCUCGUUGGAGAUAUAUACAUGGUUCUGUUUGUGAUUUAUCUGAAGAUAGUGACAAUGACGACCAAAUUGUGGUCCCCGGAAAAUUACCAAAGAUAACUGGAAUUGGCCUAAGAACUGUUUUCAGUCUUAUCAGAUUAUCAAGAAAUAAUGAUACCGGCUUAUGUGAAAGUGCUCUUAGAGCAUUGCUUGAUGUUUUACAGGAUCAUCAACCUGGAGAUCUAAGAAGUGAAAAUGACGAGGUAAUAUCCACCUUACAUGAUGUACUGGUAGACGUAUCCAAGGGUAUUGGAGGAAAGACAGCAACAAGUCUCACAUCUUUAAGCACUUCAUGCCUUAUUGCCUUGUCUGUUGCAAGGGGUGAUACUGAGAUAAUACUUAACACUGUGUCAUGCCUGAUUAUGGUGUCACAAAAACUGUCCGAUGAGUAUUUACAGGUGCCAGUAAACUUAACAGUACUUCAAAAGAGUGUACAACAAGAAGUACUCGGGGCCCCUUCCCGAUACUUUUGGCUAGAUUAUGGGGUCCCUCACCAAUGUCUUGUGAACAGCUUCCCGGUGGACCUACCACCACAACUAUUAUCAGGAUCUCAAGAACUCGUGAUAAGGUCUUUUGUGUCCGAUGGCUCUUAUUUGUUCAUAUUUACAUCCAAGGGACUUGUAAAAAUAGGCUCUGGAUAUGGCAAUACAAUAAGACAGCAUGUAUAUUUAUAUAAGCCGGACUUCUACGCCAGUGAUCGGCAUGGUUGGAUUGGAAUUUGGAAGGAUAACUUAUAUGUAAGGAUUGGAAGAAAGAAGACUGAUAUUUACGAAAUAGAUAAAAACACGUUUCAAGUAAAAAGUAUCAUACAUUUGAAUACUGGAACGCCGAUACCAACAGAGUCUAAAUCAGCGGUGUUCACAGAUGGAAAUAACCUUGGACUUGUCACCCUAACGAAAUUUGACAAUUUGAAUAUUAGAUUCUACGACUUAGAGACGACAGCAUGUAAACGUUUAGACGGACAGACGCAUGAUCUUGAACCCCAAAAGGAGUUGAAUGUCAUCUUAAUGAGACGGACCACUUUAGUUCUGGGCACGGCACCCUACGAGGAUGUUGGCUCCAGACGUAUAUUAGACCUAGACGUACCUGUUGCGGUUCAGUUAGAUGACAGUGAAGAUGAUCCAUUGACUGCAAUUAAUGCCGGACAGGAUUUUGGUCUCCUCACAACAGCGUCCGGAAAGGUAUACUACACAGGAAAACCAUCAAGUCUGGGAUACAAAGUAGCUGCAACAUAUACCAGUCGGUGGACAUUAAUGAAAGAAACUGUGUUCACUAGACAUGAAUAUCCGAAAGUUAGGAAGACAAGAGUUAUUCAGGUGGCCGUGGGUCAUGAAGGCGUGCAUGCCAUUUUAGUUCUGGAUAACGGAACCGCUAUGUUCACCGGUAUCGCCCGGCGCGGUGAAGACGGUGACGGAAAUAAGAGACGAUCACCCAAGCCUAGCCGCCCGAAGAAGAUAGCUAAGGCGGAGAACUUCUACGUGGUGUAUGCGGCUUGUAACUACGGCUCCACGGCGCUGUUGACUCGGCAGGGCCUUGUUCUGAUGUUCGGCAAGGAUACGCAGCAUUGUGACGCCGCAGGGAUCGUGACGGGAUUGAAGCAUGAGAGAAUUGUCCAGAUGGCAUUGGGAAAAGCACAUGCAAUUGCGUUAACAAAUCUGGGACAAGUGUACAGUUUCGGUAUCAACAACAAAGGACAAUGUGGGAGAGAGUUUGGUUACACCAAAGAGAAAGGAACUCCAACUCGCAAAGUUUCAGCGAAGGAGGAGCUGGUAAUUUGCACCGAACCACACUCCUGGAGCCCUGGCCCUUGUCGUAUCUGCACCAACUGCCGGGAAUGCACUGGCUACGCUGGGGCAUGCAGAAACGCUGCGCAACCUAAUCGGUUACCUGGAGAAAUAUGCGGUUGCAGCGACGGCGACAGUGGAUGCAGUGUGUGUGGCAUCUGCCGUCGUUGCGCCGAAAUUGCGUCCUCGUCGAAACUGGAGCGAGUGCUUGAUAGUGAAGAUGAGCCGUCCGUCUACGAAAUCCCUGCAACAUCAGAGCAAAAUACUGACGAAGGUGUAAAAUGCGUUCCAUGCGAACCGAGUACAUCAAAGGACGACAUGGAGAAAGACACACCAUUCAAGGGUAGCAGUUUAGCGCCUGCGAGAAUACCGCUACCAGGAGGACAAAAGAUAGAAGCGAUCGCCUGUGGAUUGCACCACACUGUUCUAUUGACACAUACUGGUGAAGUGCUUACGUUUGGGUCGAAUCAGUUCGGCGCCUUGGGUGCGGGUGAUAUAUCUGCACAUCACCGGAUAAUACGUGUGAGAGUGCCGCGGGCGUCAGCUAUCGCCGCAGGGAGUAACCACACUGCUGUAAUCACCAAAGAAGGGGAAGUGUACACGUUCGGAAAUUAUCACAAGGGUGGCUUAGGUCGACCCCGUACGGAAGAACCUCGAGAGGAAAGAAGCCCAAUCUGGUAUGCCACACCAGGCCGUGUUCCAAGACUGGGACCCAAAUACAAUUACAAAGCGGUAUCUGUUUCUGCCUCCGGUGACCAGACUUUUGUUCAGGUUUCACAAGCUCUACUAAAGACGGAUACAUUAUUCAGUGCCACAAUAACUGCUAACGAAAACACAAUAAUUAUUCUCCCGAACUGUCCAGAGCAUACAUUCAAAUGCGUAACAAUUUACAAAUUGGACGGCUCAUGCUAUUCGUUUUCGGGGCCAGAACAAGUCGACUUCGUGAACACCCUGGCUUGUCUCGAUCCACUCUACGACGUACUCUGGUGCUACCAACCCCAAAUGAAAGUCAUUAAGGUCUACAACAUUCAAGCCUUCGAUUCACAUAAGCUGCAAAGAUGCAGCAAGAACGACCCCGAAGGUUUCAUCAACGAUAUGGAGUAUGAAUAUCCCCAAUAUGGCAUAAUGCGGAAGUUUGACGACUUCCGUGAUGUCGAGAAUAUCAAAUGGGUCAGUAGCAACGAGGAUCGGCCGGCAGAUGGCGUUGCUAUCGCUAAUGUGUCCAUCUUGAACCAGGACCUGGCGAUACCCAGUGUCAAAUUCAGUUCCGUUACGAGGUUGCACGCUGCAUUGAACCUGAUCGGUACUUUGGAUUCCCUCCUCUAUGCACACGAUAACAGAUCAUCGCAAGUUGAAUGCAAGCUAGAUGGCCUAACGAUGCCAUCGUCAUCGGAGCGUGAGGACUUCAAGACGGUGAACCGCUUCGAUAGUCAAGGAGGAGGCUGGGGCUACACUGACAAUUCCGUCGAGGCAAUACGCUUCAUGUGUGACACUGACAUAUUGUUAGGUGGUUACGCUUUAUAUGGCGGUCGUGGCGAUUACACAGCCAAGUUAAAACUGUUCGAUCUUGGACCUGAAGGAGGAGAUCAAGAGUGCGAGGGUGAAUUAAUAGCUGAGACUGGAGUCAUUCAUUACGAAUGUGCACCGAGAGAAAAGUAUCCAAUACUAUUCCCGACUCCUAUUGCGCUUGCUGCGCAAAGGUGGUUUGUGGCGUUGGUGAGCAUCCGUGGUCCAUCUUCAGAUUGCGGAUCAUCGGGCCGUGUCAGCGUUACCAUCGAAGACAUAACAUUCAAUUUCAAAGCCACAAAGAAGUCUAACAAUGGAACUGAUGUAAAUGCUGGACAAAUACCCUGCCUCCUCUACAACGUUAUAAACCCGGUGCGCAUUCCUAAAAGAAGGAGAUACCCUGGAGAUGAUAUAAUCGCUCUUAGCAAGAGCAUAUAUAAGCACGUAACAGUGUCUUCACUGAAAUCACUUAUAACUUUACUUCAAUGGACCUGGAAUACUUACAAUGAGACACUUCUCGACACAAACGGCCAAGUGACAAUUAACUAUUCGAAGCUUGCCGCGAUGAAGCAUCAAAAGCGUUUGGUCUACGUAAUACGUGCCUGCCUCCGGCUCUUAAAGUCGUACAUCAGUGACUUAUACCCAGAGAACAUUCUUAAGCGAAACUCACAGGAAACCAUAGCUUUAGUGGAAACUAUCGCAGUUGCACGAAACUUGAUACAAGUGAUAAUGUCGAAUCAGAUACCCACGUGCGCUAUGUUGUCCAAGAAGUUUGGCCGCAACAAAUCACAUCGGGUUUGUUACGUCCAGUUCGCUUUGGAGAUGACUAACUCCAUACUGAAGGAAGCUCAUGAAACUGUCACGGUCUGCUUCCAUGCCUUCUACCCGACGCCGAUGUUGAAAUGGCAUCAUCUAUGCUCACUUCUGUGUAACGUUUCGGAUGGUAUAGUACCAGGCUCUCAGGUACGUGAACUGAUGGCGACGUGUGCGGCGAUGUGUGGCUACAAGAGCCUUUUCAGCGUUCUGCAGGACAUCGUGCCCCUCACACAGAGCUGCUUCAUGUCCAAUGAGUUGAAAAAACUGAAGAGAAAUUAUAAGCAUGUUAAAGACCACGCAACAAGCAAAUCAGCGACUAUCCCGCGCUCUUCGCAUUCAAACCCGACAAAGCCACCACCGAUACCGCCUCGCGCUAACAAAGACAUUCGGGCUCUUCCGCCAAGUACAUCAAGGUCGAACUACACGGAUUGGCACUUGUUAGACAUAAUUCCGAUACUGCAAGACAUUGUCAUGAUUCCGAUCAAAGACAAGAUGAUGACGCGACAGUGCGGUCAGCCCCACGACCACGGUGAGAUACUGCAGAAUGAAAAACUUGGUGAUUAUUGCUGCAAGUUCUUAGUGAGACUUGUCGCUGAACUCGCCUACAACAGCAGGAACAUAACGGAUGAUAACGAUACAGAGUAUAUCAAGCAUCUGAUAACACCGUCGCGAUUCAUUCGAGUGAACAGGAACCCAACUUGGAGUACCAGUACUAUCAACAAAGACAUCAUCUGCUUUACUGUUGACCGAGAGGGGGUCAUGUUGGCGGGAGCGUGUGUUUAUGGCGGAACCGCAAAUAUUAAUUUCACGCUGGAGCUUGUACGCGAUGUCACCGGUACGGCUGAACCUGAUUUUGUAGGUGACAACUGGGCCUGCGUGCGGUUGACUACUGGCACAUUCUCCGCUGAGGACUGUCAACAAGAUAUGGUGCAGAUCAAAUUUGAGAAGGCAGCCUUACUGAGGGAUGACACAAAAUACGCCUUACGACUCAGCACCAAAGGUGGUCUUACAGUGUUUGGUGAUAACGGGUUAGCGUCGGUGAAGGGGCCCGACGGAACUACCUUUCAUUUCUCAUCGAAUACCAUAAGUUGCAAUGGAACUAAUGUAUCUCGAGGCCAACUACCCUGCAUCAUUUAUUACGGAUCAACGAAACCGGGCAACUCACCCGAAAACCCAGACGCGGCAUUGGCUCGCAUGCGAGCUAUAACGACCCGCGUUGCAUCGAUGGUGAUCGAGCGUGGCGCCGAACUGUUCCGUGUACUCCGGAACGAACUCACCACGGAAGAUCUGCGCCGUAACUCUGCCGUGCUGCAGCAGUCCUCUGUCGUCACCACCCUGCUGCCUUUUGUGCUAAGCCAUCUGGAGGACUUGGAAGAUUCCAAGAGCGUUGUGAAAAUAUUGGAGACGAUUCACAAGUUGCUCCCGCACGUUGCUGCCAUGAACCUGCUGGUCCCAAGCGGUGAAGAAACCUCUACUGUUACCACAACUCAGUACUAUACUUGGAUUGAAAGUCCUCAUCCCUAUAAACAGGCUUCAGUUUCUAAUAUGAGGUUAAUGUUUCCACCUCAAGUAUCAUGGAUCGUUCUAGAAAUAGAUCCGCGCAGCAUAACUGCCCAGCCUGAAGAUAGCCUCACCAUUUACGCCGUGGCGGGUUCACCCCGACACCAAUGCCAUUGCUCCACUGAUUAUCGAAUCGGUGACCCACCGUUCCGUAAGGUAUAUCAGAAAAUAAUUCAGCUCACGUCCGACACUGGCGACGAAGAGGAGAUAGAAGACUCGUGCGUUGAUGCGCCGUGCUUGCAGUACAACUGUACCUAUGUCAGCGUGACUCCUAAACUAUCUAAUGUGUCCACCGACUGGCCCCGAAAACCCUUAUUAGUACCAGGUGACGAAGUAAUCUUCUCAUUGGAAACUGCCUCAGAUUAUUUGAGUGAAUAUAAAAGCGAAGAUGACGAAAGCAGAUACGGGUUCAGAUGCCUUUGCGCUGGCUACGAGGAUGCGCCGUUCACAACAAAUCAUCAAGGGCUAUUGUCUCUCGAGAUGGAACUCGUAUACGCAGGCGCGGCGUGCGCCACCAAACUAAUAAUGCCUAGCAUCGAUAUACCUCAACUGAGCUAUUUGACAGUUAUCGAAGUUCAAAAUGAUUCGGCUGGCAGACAGUCAGAGACUGAAUUUAGAGACAAGAUUGAAGAAGGAUUCCUGGACCGGGGAAUAGACCUGAGUUCGCCUCCUACCGUUCACGCCAUCGCUGACGGACAACCCUUUUUCAAGUCUUCAACAACUGAGCGACAGUUCCUGAUGGACUUUGUGGCGAGCGCGGAGGGCACCGCUGGUGGCAGACUGGCAUGCUGGCUGGCUCCCUCUUCGCGAGUCGAUCCAGAAAAUUGCGAGCUGAGAGCAUCGGCUACAGUCGUGCUUCUUUCGUCGAAGAUCACUCUGCCCGUAAUCUUGCGGGACCAGUACGGCGAUGUCGUCACAUCCAAAGCCGUCAAAAUUGAAGUUGUUGCACAGAGCCUGAGGAUGCCUACGAAUCCGAAUCGACCGCAAACCGAAGCUGAGCGAGAGAGUGGCAUCCCCAACGUACGUUUUCUAGCUGUCAAGAAAGAUAGCAUGUGCUUUCAGACAAUCACAGUUAUGAAGGAAUAUCAACAAUUUUCGCUUGAGGAGUUGCGGCUGGCGAGCGGAAUAUGGGGGGAGGGCAGAGGCUAUGGUAUGGGCUCGCGCAAGGCGCCGACCGAGCGGUUCACCGUGCAUAGACAAGCGGACGGAUCAUACUCAGCAUCUUGGACAGCACGGCUGUCGGGCAAAUACCUGUUCAAGUGUUUCAUCGACGGUCAACCCACACCUCAGGAAAUCAUAAUAGAAGUACCAGAAAGCGAAAACAUUGAUGAUGCGAACGGGGCAGCACAACCAAAGAUGAAGCAGUUCUUACCGAACGAUUCCGCGGGGCUUCGUGUCCGUGCCAGCCCUAGUCUACAAGCUGAGCAGAUUGGCCGAGUACCACCGGGUGCCUACGUCUGCUGCGUAGAAGAGAUACUGAACAAAGAUGGUAGCUGGGUUCGACUGGGCAGUAUCUCCCUUGAAGCUUUUGUGGAGGGCAACGUGGAAAUCGCCUGGUGUAUUCAGUACCACAGACAGUUAGACAAAACUCUACUUGGAGUUAUGGACGGGGACGCUUCUAUGGCACCGGAGGAGGAUACUAGUGAAGAUUAUCUGGCAGACUGGAACUCUGAUGCAGAACCAACAGGGCAAGCUAGCAACGAUGCUGUAGAAGAAAUUCCAGUUCUCUUUUCAGUUCGCUAUGACCUCGCUGAUCACGAAGAUGAAGAAAACAAGUCACCAGCGAGAGAGCCAAGCAAAAUUGAUAGACAACUCAGAAAAGACGCAGCGGCCUCGGGUGUGAUACCACCGGGAUCGCCGAGGGACUCUCCCUUGAGAGCAGCUCGCCGUAACAACGGUAAUGGUGAAGUUGAAGACGAAGAUCCAUUACAGAAAGAACAAGCAGCUGAUAACGCUAAAGAGGCAGUACAGAAACCAGUCGACGGUGGAAACGAGGCGAACGAUGUCAUACAAGUGGAUGGUAGAGAGGCUUUGUACGACUCGAUGGUGGAUGAGAAUAAUGAACAGCUUGUAAAAAGCAGUGAAGAAAUAGAACUUGAAGCGUCUAACGUUAAAAGUGAAGACGCUGCAGAUGAGGAAGUAGCCGCUGCUAAUUUGGGAAAUGCUUUACCGGGUGACGAAGAGAAAAGUGUCGCUAACUUCAAUGAUGCGGUUGAAAAAGUUAAAGAACAGCCCAGACUAGCCCAGGCCGCUACACAAACAUCACCUGAUAUCCGGGAACCUCACCUCCCAGAACAACUAAUAGAGCAACCCGACCAACCAGCCCCGAGUACAUCAAAGGAGGAAACCAUAGCGAGUGUACGCCAGCGCGUUGAGAACAUGUCCAACACGCCUGUGCGCACCACACCGCUAGUACGCAAGCAAGCCUUAAGCUUCUCUCAGGCUGAAUGUCUGCGGUCAAUAUUCGCGGCGAUGCUGUGGCAUGAAGGCAUAGUGCCCGACGCCAUUGCAUGCGCGGCAUUUCUCAAGUUCCAUCCGCAACUACCGAAGGCGGGAGCACAAGUCGUCACUAGAGGCUCGCACGAUACAUCAGCGCCCAAACCGCAGAGACAUUCCGUUGAAGUCACUAAUGCUGGUCAAUAUCUUAACAUAAAUCCCUCGACGUUGGAGACACUAACUCGCUCCGGAAUAGAAGCUUCUUCUAGUCGAUCCCGUACAGGUGGCAUCAAUACAUCAAUAAAAGAAGAAGACACUCACACACAAACGGCUGAUAGUGCGUCAGCUGCAGAGUCCUCGUGUGUGGUGAAUGUGCUGCCGCCCGCCUUACGAGCUCUGGUGGCGCUCUGGGACUCAAUGUGUGACUCGGACGCGCUCAACGCAGCAACUGAAAAAAUUAAAAAAGAAGACAACGAAGAAGAUGAGAUUCGGCCCCUCGGAGGCACUCUUCGUAAGAAGCCUUGGAAGUUUGGAUCCAACAUAAAGUUACCUUAUGCGGUGCGUUGUGAGCUGUGCGGUGGCAGCAGUGUGACUCCGCCACUGGCCGCACACAUGCGCAGCGUGCACCCGGGUUGUCGCAAACCGACCUCCCGCGGCUACGACCGUGCCGGCAUGUACAACCACGCCGAAGCCAUCCCCUCCGCAUCUGACACGCCCUCCUCGCUCUGCGGGCAACUCGCACAAGACCUUAUCGGUGUGAAAAUACGCGCUACGUUAGCAGCGUACCAACUAUGGUACUUGUUCUGCGAGAAAUGCCGCGAGCGGGCGCUGAAGGCAUCAAGCGGUAGCCCGAAGAAAAUCGUCACAAUAGCAGAGCCGGCUGAACCUGCCGAAAACACGCCGAUUGAAAUUGAUCAUAUUGUCAUGAGAGACAACGCCUCAUUCCUAUUGGAUCUCCUGCCACUCAACGCUUCUGAAGCGUCAUCAUCGUCCCGUGGUCCUCUGACACCAACGGCCAGCAUUUGGCAGCCAGCACCGCACUUCCAGUGCUUGGAGGCGCUCGGCGCCAAACCAAAACAGAACGCCCCGGAUUCCGCCAGAUACCAUUCACUCGGACGUCCGAUGCCUGGCCCCAGUACGAACAAUGCACUCGUACCCUCGGAGAUGUCAAACUCCCAGCAGCCUCGCGUGCAUCGCUCAGUGUCCUUGGGUCAAGCUGACGAAAGAAAUCUAGCGAGUGCUGCGCGACCACCUUUGGCCGACAUAGAACCCGCCCCCCAGGAAAAAUUUUCAGGUGCCGGUUCGUCGUUGCUAUCGCAGCCCAGCGCCGCCCUACAGAAGCUAGUAGGUUGUGAGUUCUCGACCGGUGGGGUGUCCGCGUUUGAGACCCCGCAAGUGGACCUCGACGCACUCGUCCGCAAGCCGGUUAUGGCGUUCGUGCUGGCCAAGCGUGAUCUGCAAUCAUACCGGCGGAAGUUGGACGCUGUAGUCAGGAUUAAUACUGUCAGACAGUAUGCUUUUGAGGCCCUUAAUUGGUUGCUACGUUCAACCACACAACCGACGAGCGUCCACGACGUGUUAUGGUGGUUCUGCAACGCAAUAGAUUCUUACGCCGCCAUUGCGCACCCUUCAACCAACGAUGAUAACAAAGAGAACCUUGUGAACGAUCCAGCGCGCUUGCUGAGUGGCUCUGCUGCGACGUGGGCCUUGUGUCCAGGAGGACGUAUCGCGCGGGGGGCGAGGGCCGCCAUGCACGGCUUUCUGGGAUCAGUCAGUGCACUGGCACCUUCUCUGUCCCCUGCCAGUGCCGUCAACUUGCAGGCGAUCCGCUGCUGGGACCUCAGCUACUCCGAACAUGACAGAACUUUCCUACACAGAUCACAAGUAUUCAGUGUCGUCAGCAAGGUAUUGUCUCACUCGCCCGACGGAAUGUUUGAAGACAGUCUGUUCGGAGCUAUGCUCGAUAACUACGAAAGCAUGUACAACGAGGAGAACUACUUAUGGAGUUGCCCAGACGUGACUGGCUGGUGUGCUAUAUCGGUCUCAUCCCGGCAAGGCAUGGCCGGCGCUCUUACCGACAACAGCACAGAGACCUUCUGGGAAUCUGGUGAAGAAGACAAGAACAGGGCAAGGUGGAUCCAAAUAUGCUACAACGGUGGUUCUUAUGAAGACCGGCCGCACAUCAUAUGUAUACAUAUUGAUAAUAGUAGGGAUCCAACGGCAAGGAUCCAUAUGGUUUCAUUCUGGUACAGCGGCGGGCCGACUGAGCUCUUACAAAUGAUGGAGAUGAAUGUUGAAUUAAGGAACGCACAAUGGAUCUGUUACACAUUGCCGAUAUCGACUGGUACCUCAGUGCGUGUACGGUGUGAGUUGCACGGGCCGGACCCCGCAGUCCGCGUGCGCCAGGUUCGUGUGUUGAGCAUGCCGCAGUCGCAGCCCGCCGCGCCGCAACUGAGUCCGCUGCACGCCAUCACGGAGAAAGACACCCUACGAGUGUUCCGACUGCUCACCACGCAGGUAUUCGGUAAACUACUAGAUUGGGAGCAAACUGGGAACGAAACCGAAGGUGCAGUUGCCGAGGAGACGACAGAAAACGAUAGUGAUCUGUGUGAACAUGUUGUUGGGAUCCUUUUUGCUGGAAAUAACCUUACAACUCUGCAAAAGAAGGUUAUGUCGCACAUUGUAUGGGCAAUCGGCUGCGAGACUUCUCGAGUGCGUGACGACUGGGAAACGGCACUGAUGUGCGCCGAAUCCAACGAUGGGGUUAUGGAGCCCCUGCCAAAAUUCAACAAUCACCAGGAUAACUACUGCUUCGAAAUGCUAUCUCUGUUGCUGGCUCUUAGUGGUAGCCCUGCAGGUCUUGCCCAUCUGGUGCAGCGUUCAGAAUUGCUCAAAGACUUGCUUGCUCUCCUACACACGGGCAGUGAGAGGGUGCAGAGACAGGUGAUAUCACUAGUCCGACGAAUAAUAACAGUAGUACCGCCAGAUAAAAUGCUGGUUGCCAUCAACAAAGGCAAUAACCGCUUGGGACCGGACUUUAGAAAUGCAAUUACUCUACUAGAUCACCUGGUCGGUUACAUGGCCAAGGCGGUUCAUGUCAUAGUCAAAGUGAAGGGCGCAGUUGGCCCUAGCACGUCGACACCAUCGGUGACGUUGGGUAACAGCGUCGACCCCAUGCUCUCUGCACCCUGGUUCAUGCGGAGCGAGACCACGAUGCACCACGCACUCCUCGUGGCCUCUCUUAUCACUGAUAUGGCUCAGGGCGUCAUAUCCGCGGACUGGGCGUUCACCACUCGAGUGGCGCUGACUGACUACAUCAAGGCGAUAGCCGAUGUGGAGGAAGCAAAUAGAAGUCCUAAAAUUUGCAUCACUAAACCGGCCAUAUGGCUCGCGCUUGCCUCUCUGUGCGUGUCUGAUACGUCAAUUUUAAAUGAUGUAAACAAUCACGGACGUGACUCACAAAGCCGUGACUCACUUACGGAGACGAAGCCGCUGUGUGCGAACCACGACGAUGGUACCACAGCCGCCGUGAUCGAGUGUCACACGUGCGGCACGCUGUGCGGAGAGUGCGAUCGCUUCUUGCACCUCAAUAGAACUACGAGGACGCACCAGCGACAGGUAUGUAAAGAAGAGGAGAGCGCUAUUCGCGCUGGUAUACAUGAGAGCUGUGCCCGUGUAAAGUUAUUCUGGCUCUUAUUGUUAAUUGAUCGACGAACUCUGAAAGGAUUGAUAGAGUUCCGAGGAAUGGAUACCGGCAUACGUGAAGAAGAAGAUGCGACCACAUCCAGCGGAGUGGCCGGUGUUUGCAGGUUCUGCGGAACGAAGGGAAAUUCUGGACUACUCGCCAUCGGAAAUAUUUGCGCCGAUCAGCAAUGCCAAGAGCACGGUCGCGAGGCGUGUUCCCGUACGCUGGGUUGCGGGCACUUCUGCGGAGGCGUGCGCGGGGAGCGGACGUGCCUACCCUGUCUGUUCGGGUGCACGCAUUCGAGCUCGCUGCGGCAAGACGCCGACGAUAUGUGCAUGAUUUGCUUCACCGAUCCCUUGCAAGCUGCGCCUGCCAUACAGUUAACAUGUGGCCAUGUCUUCCACCUGCAUUGCUGCCGGAAGGUGCUCUUGAACAAAUGGAACGGGCCACGAAUCUCCUUUUCAUUCGCAAAGUGUCCUAUCUGUAAGGAGGACAUUUCCCACUGGACUCUGGAAGAGCUAGUAGCUCCGGUGCGUCAGCUGUACGAAGAGGUUCAUCGCAAAGCACUCAUGCGGCUGGAGUACGAGGGCAUGUCAUCGGGAGCCGCAUCGGCCAAUUUCGACAACGAUCCCGCUUUGUACGCUAUGGAGCGCUAUGCGUACUACGUGUGCCAUAAGUGUGGCAAGGCCUAUUUCGGCGGAUUGGCUCGUUGUGAAGCAGAUUCUAACAGCGCCUGGGACCCGAAGGAGCUGGUGUGCGGCGCUUGCAGUGACGUGGCCGGCGCAAAGAUAUGUCCCAAACACGGUUCCGACUUCCUGGAGUACAAGUGUCGCUACUGCUGCUCGGUGGCAGUGUUUUUCUGUUUCGGCACAUCACACUUCUGCAACCCAUGCCACGACGACUUCCAGCGAAUCACAAACAUUCCGCGACACACGUUGCCGCAAUGCCCUACUGGGCCAAGAUGCGAACAGCUGAUUGGAACAGCUGAGGAAUGCCCGCUUCAUGUGCAGCACCCGCCGACCGGAGAAGAGUUCGCGCUGGGCUGUGGUGUCUGCAGGAACGCGCAAUCAUUCUAAACCACGCCCAUUUCUACCACACACGUCGACGGAAAUAUGUAUUUGAGUGUUGAUUACACCUUGGAAUUUAAUCGGAUGGUAAUCAAAACUCAAAUAAAUUUGCUAAAAAACGUCUUUUUGACCUACAACUUUUUAUGCAUAUGGAAGAGUAUUGUGGUUUAUCUGACCAUGUGGUUAGUUCCAACUCGUUUUGAUGAUCUUUGGUGGAUCUGCCUACAUAUAACACCAUAUCAUACCUAAGAACGGGAAAACAACAAAACUGUAUUUCUAUUGAAAAUUAUGAAACUAUGUCCCAUUAGACCAUUUUCUCACCGACCUUCUGGUCGAGGUCAAGUAUUACUUGGCGUCAACAAUUAUCAUACGCUGUCGGUAUGGCCACAGUAGAUACUUUUUUUUUGCCCCCGCGCCAUACAAUCAUAGCACGGUCAUGUUAUGAUACUGUGUAGGCAGACUGCUUUAAGAUCAUAAAAUCGUUACCAGGGAGGUGGCGCUAACUGCGAGGUCAGAUAAACCAUAAUACCCUUUCAUACCCGGAAGACUAAGGGUAUUUUUCUCCCUUUAAAGCUGACUUGAGUGAAAUCUUUAUAAUUAUAAAGAAUAAGAGAGAUGGUAUCUGAUUAAGGGAUAUAAUUAUGUUAACGUAAAUUUACUUUAACUAUGAUUAUAUUGUUAUAUUUUUUUAUUGAUUUAUUAUUUUGUGUUGGAUUAUUUAUUUUUUUAUUAUUAUUUUAUAUUAUAUUAGUUUAUAAUGUCUAUAGCCAAGAAUACUCAUGAAACGUGAAUUUUCAUCAGAUCAAAAUUCAUUUUCGUUUAUACAGCGUAAAAUGGCGAUAUUAAAUUAACGCACGGGUAGGCUACUUAAGUUUAACCAUAAAAAAAUAUUUCAACAAAUAAAAAUACAUAAUUCACCUAAAUAAAUAAUCUAGUAGCCGCAUCCUGAACCAUUCAGAACUCGUAGGGAAGCAGCGUUCACGCAAGGGUGAUUAAAAUAUUGUUUUUAAAUAUAUAAUUUGUUUGAAAUUUUAAAAUUUCAAUCAUGUAAGUACUUGAAGUUUUUGAUUUAUUUUUUAUAUUACGGUUAAGUACCUACUACCCGUGUUUACUGUUAAUGUUGCCAUUUUAGCGUUACGCUGUAUGUAUAUGAGUUUUUUUUUAAUAAUUCCGGUAUGAGUGUUAAUAGGUAUUCAUUUAUCAAACUAAUUUGUAUACUUGUUGAGUUUCCUGUAAACUUGAUUUGAUUCUUGUUUUUUUUUUUCUUAAUUUAUGAAAUGCCCUGAAUUGGUUUUAUUAGGAUUAAAUGUCGUGAUUGAUAUGGAGCUUUUUAAUUUAACAUUUAUGUUUUUGUUGUUAAUUUGAUGUGUAGACUGUAGGUGGUACUUGAUAUUAUUAAAUGUGAUAUUUGAGAUGGUAUGGUUAUUGUGUUAUUGCGAAUAUGUCGGAAUUAAGAAUAGGAAAGUGGAUAUCUAAAAAAGUUCUGGAAUUAAAAAAACGAAAUUUAAAAAAAAGCAGCCUAAUAUUAGCCAGUGGAAGGCUCCUUUGCACAGGAUGCCGGCUAAAUUAUGGGUAGCACAACGAUGCCUAUUUCUGCCGUGAAAAGUAAUGUGUAAACAUUACUCUGUUUAGGUAUGAAGGGCGCCUUAGCUUGUGAAGUUACUCGGCAUAUGAGACUCAAAAUCUUAUGUCUCAAGGAGACGAGCGCAAAUGUAGUGCCGCUCAGAAUUAUUGGGUUUUUCAAGAAUCCUGAGCGGCACUGCAUUGUAAUGGGCAGGGCGUAUCAAUUACUAUCAGCUGAACGUCCUGUUCGUCUCGUCCCUUAUUGUCAUAAAAAAAAUAUUAUCGCAACACAAUGAAGUGUAAUUUAUAACCACAGGCCUAUAAAAUAUUUUUUAAAGGAUUAGUCAGUUACAGACUACCAUAAUCUGAUUGUAGUUUCUAUUGACAUGACGUGUCAGUGGCAUUUAGACAAUUGAUCUCAUAAAAAACCCCGCCGCAACCAACUAUUAACAUUAUAUUACCAUCUCAGAGCAUCACGUUCUAUUGCGUCUUAAGGAAAUGAAAGGAGUUUUAUUUUAUAAUUAAUCUAUAUUGUGUAAGUUUAUAAUAUUGACAGCAUAGAACCUUCAUGUAACUUGAACUUUCAUCAGAUAAAAAAAACAUACAUUUUCGUUUAUACAGUGGAGGUAAAAUGGCGAUAUUAAAUUAACGCACGGGUUAGAACUACUUAACCAUAAUAUAAUAUCAUCAAAAUAAAUUCAAAAAAUAAAAAUAUAUAAUUCACCUAAAUAAAUCAAUUUUCCUAAAUAAGUAAUCUAGUAGCCGCACAAUUGCGUAUACACUGGCGCCGUAGCGUUUCUGUUACGGUUAAGUAUUUAAAUAAAACACAUUUUAAUGGAUUAAAACGCGUGUAAUUGUAACUGUUUUCACAAUGGAUUUUGCGUAAAAGUUACUUUUUUAUAAUAGUUUUAGUUAACCCGACGUCUCAAGACCUUUUUUAUGUGCUGUUCUUUUUUGGUAUAGUUAAUUGGUUUUGGGUUUUAAUUUAGACACUAUUAUCCCACGUAAGAUAUUUUUAGACCGUCUUCUUUAUUGAAAUUUUAGUGUUUUUUAAUUUCAAUUGUUUCACGUACCAGUCUUUGGAGAAGUCUACUCUCUUUUAUAAAAACUUUUGCUUGGUCGAAGCGAAUGUAGUGGUUAGGACGGUCUGUUAAAACGUCGGGCUAACUAAAAUUAUAAAAAUAAUGUAACUGAACAAAAUCUAAUGUUAAAACAGUUACAAUUACACACGUUUUAAUACUUUAAAAGUGUUUUAUUUAAAUACGUAACACUCACGUUAAUCAAAGAAAAUACGAUACGGUUAAGUAGUUCUGCCCUUGGGUUCAUUUGUUAUUGCCAUUAUUGCGCCACGCUGUAUGUAUGAGUUUUUUUUUAUUCCGGUAUAAGUGUUAAUAGGUACUCAUUUACCAAACUAAUUGGUAUACUUGUUGAGUUGGAAUCUGUUACUUUAUUUAUUUACAUGUCCUUCUAAAUAUUUAUAACUGUCAGAAAACAUUAAUGACAUGUUCAGAUGAAGGUGAAAGUGCGAGAAUAUUACAAGUAAAUCAUAAUAAUGUGAUUACUCUGAAUAUGUAUUUAUUUAUUAUUUUGAAGACAACAGCGAUCAAUAAUCCGAACACAAACUACUUAGUUCCUUCUGAGUGCAAUAUUGAGCUAAGAGUUAUGUGCAUAUAUAUUUUGUCUUAUAAAAAUGUUAUAUUCACUUAUAAAGCAACGAUUUUUUAUUUUCUAUUUAAUUAAUAUAGCGCAUCACAUUAUUAAAUGAAUUACUUGUUAUAUUACGUGUUCCUGUCUUGCCUAGUCUAAUUCUAUUCACGUUAUUUGUAUCAAAUGUCUGAAUUUACAUGUGCAAUUCAUAGUAUAUCUACAUAUAGUGCGGUUGAUAACAAGAAGGAAAGUCGCCCAACGAUAACUUCAUGAAUUGUGUCGCUCAGAUCAUUUUAGUCUGAAACAGAAUGUCAAAAGCUAAUGUGGCGUGAAGAUCGGGUGGCAAGGAUGUAUGUACUAGCCCGCGUCAAUAAAGAAGAGUUUUAUAAUUCUUUCGGCGGUCGCAUAAUAUUUCUAUCAUAUAACAAAUUUACUCACAUAUAAACAGGAAUUGAGGUUUAAAAACCCAACACAAUAAUUAUAAAAUGGUACUUUGCACAUUUUCGGUACACAGCUCGAUUAAAACUUUUGCGUCACUUUUGAGUCAAAUCACUUACAUACGAAUAAGCAAUCUAAUUAAGUUAUGUGGCGUGCGAGUCAGGCCAUACCAGUGCUGGAUUAACCAUUUAGAAAAAGUAGUAAUUGCUACGAGCUCCGCGCGAAAGGGGGCUCCGCAUAUUUAAAUCCACUCAACUCUGCCUGAGUGUAUUUUUUUGAGUGAAAAUUGUUAACAUAUGGUACCUAUAAUUAACUUUUCCAACUACAACAGUCCACACUAGACACUCGGUAACCGACUAUUUCCAAUAUAAAUCAAGGGCUCUUUGAACGAAUUUGCUACGGGCUCACCUCACCUCACCUCGUAUAAAAAAAAACAAAUAUAAAAAAAAAAAAAAAAAAAAAAAAAAAAAAAACGUAUAAACCGCCUUUUAAAAACCCUUCUUUAUUGGUGCGCUUUAUAUCUGAACAGAGCAGAUGUCGCAGUUAAAGGCAAGUAGAAAUGAAGUACAAUUUUUUGUGCAUGUCUGAUAAUCAACCGCACUUUAGUUAAGAUUUAUAGUAGUUUAUCAAUAGAUGUUGAAUAUGUGUUGUCAACCUACAUAAUGUUAUAAUCGAUGUUAUUUAUGUGUGUCCUACUAUCAUAUUCCAUUUAUAUUAGAUACAUAUACCUAUUAGUGAAAUAGAUGUCUAACCCUUGAUUCUUGGGUCCGAAUUCAAGAAGGGUCGUACAAAUUCGUGAUCAUAAUAUGUACUAUUGUCUCCAGGCGCUUUCUCAAAUACGGACCUAAAGGAAUCAAUAUUUUAAAGGGUAUAAUCAUACAUAAAUGUCUAACCCUCGAUUCAAUACGAAUCAAUAUUAAAAGGGUCAUAUUACGAGUAAUGUUAUGGUAAAUAUAUAUAGUAAAUAGUAGUUUUUUUUUGUUUAUUCUACCUAAUUAGUACCUAAAGCUCUAUGUAUAACUCUACUUUUACGUUCAUAAGCCAAUUGAAUACAGAAAAUAAUCUAAAAUGGCGGUCGCUCAACAUUCUCACUCACACCCUAUUAACAAUCAAUAUUUCUAAUAAAUUUACAUAUUUUGCAGUAAAGAUCAUGCUAAAUUAGUGACACAAAAGGUUCAGGUGCAGGCUAAAAGUUAAAAUUUAUUUUUUGCUAACUGUACUGCUGUGAUUGCAAGGCCAAGCCACCAUGUUAGAUUCUCUUCUGUAUUGGCUAGGCUUAUAACCUUAUAAAUACACUGUAAUGAGACUUACUGAAUUGUUGACCGUCCUUUCUCAAUAGAGUUUUCGAGCCGCUUAUUUUGAAAAAAUCUUGUUCGCUUUUGCAUUUAAUAUUUGUUAAGUUGGUGCGUGUUUUGCUAAGCUUUAACAAUACCUUUAAGAGCUAUUCAGUAGUCCCAAUUUUUUUUAUAGGAAAUAGAAAAUGCUCUUAUUUAUUAUUACAAUUGUUUAUUUUUUUAUUGAAUGCUUUUAACGCAACCAAGAAGUCUCCAAACAACACAACAAUAUUGAUUGCACUUUAUCUACCUAUACUAUUGUAAUUAUUGAAUGUAUUUUUAAAUAAACUCUGAAAAUAAUAA